CAGCGAAUUAUCUCCCGUUCACUUCACCGCUCUUUUUUAUUUUUGAAACUUCGAAUUCAGAGACCUCGCAACGGCUAUACGGAGACCAUCUCACUCCCCAUUCUCAUAACCGUUCGAACAUUAUUCCGAGCUAAGGGUUCUUCGAACACCUCGCCUUUUUCGCUUCCAAGGGUUUCCGGAGGAGGGAAUUGGGCAAUAAUGUCGGCGACGCCCAAUCCCCACCGGCGAUUAGGGUUUUCUCUAGCUCCGACCCCGUCUCCUUUCCUGACGCCGCGCCCUGAGAGGCGUACGCUGGAUCUGAGGUGGGCCGAUGGGAGCUCGGCAUCGGGUCGGCAAGAUCGAGACAGAGAGGUCAAUAUCCAAGUCAUAGUGAGAUGCAGGCCAUUGAAUGAGGAAGAACAAAAGCUGAAUAUUCAAAACGUAAUAUCUUGCAAUGAACAAAGAAAAGAGGUGACUGUUUUGCAGGGUCUAGUGAACAAGCAAGCAGAUAAGACAUUCACCUUUGAUAAGGUAUUUGGGCCAAAAUCGCAGCAAAGAUCAAUAUACGGCCAUGCUAUCUCUCCCAUAGUCUACGAUGUACUUGAAGGUUACAAUUGCACAGUUUUUGCUUUUGGACAGACAGGUACAGGAAAAACAUACACGAUGGAAGGAGAGAUGAGAUUUAAGGGUGGAGAUCUACUGGCUGAAGCUGGCGUGAUUCCAAGAGCGGUGUGCCAUAUCUUUGACACUUUAGAAGCCCGGAAAACUGAUUAUAGUAUGAAAAUUUCUUUCUUUGAACUAUACAACGAAGAAAUAACUGAUUUAUUAGCCCCUGAGGACCAAACUAGGUUUCCAGAAGAUAGACAAAGAAGACCUAUUUCUCUUAUGGAAGAUGGCAAGGGUGGUGCAGUUAUCAGAGGCCUUGAAGAGGUUGUUGUAUAUAGUCCUAGCGAGAUAUAUAGUUUGUUGGAGCGUGGAUCGGCUAAGAGGCGCACUGCUGACACUUUACUGAACAAGCAAAGCAGCCGCUCACAUUCAGUAUUUUCUAUAACUAUCCAUCGGAAAGAAUCUACUGUAGGAAAUGAGGAGGUUGUGAAAUGUGGGAGGUUGAACCUUGUAGACUUGGCUGGCUCAGAGAACAUAUCUCGAUCUGGUGCAAGAGAGUGGAGAGUGAGAGAAGCUGGGGAGAUAAACAAGAGCUUAUUAACCCUCGGUCGUGUCAUAACUGCUCUUGUGGAGCAUUCUGUUCAUAUACCUUACAGGGAUAGUAAGCUGACACGAUUACUAAGAGAAUCCUUGGGCGGAAAAGCAAAAACUUGCAUCAUAGCAACAGUAUCUCCAUCCUCUCUCUCUUUAGAAGAAACUCUAAGCACACUUGACUAUGCUUAUCGCGCUAAAAGCAUUAAAAACAAACCAGAGAUAAAUCAAAAACUAUCCAAAUCUGUCCUCCUGAAGGAUCUCAACCUAGAAAUUGAAAAAUUAAAACAAGAUGUGAGAGCUGCAAGGGAAAAGAACGGCGUUUACAUUCCCCAAGAAAGAUUUGUGCAGGAUGAGGCAGAAAAGAAGGCAAUGCGUGAGAAAAUUGAGCAAUUGGAGUUAUUAUUGGAUCAGAAGAGCAAGCAAGCUGACAGAUUUAAGGAGCUCUACCAUUCUGAACAAGAACGCAACUUGGAUCUGGAAAGCCAGAAUAGGGAGUUCAAGAUAAAUUUCGAAAGCAGCAAGAAGGCUUUCCAGGAUCUUCAAGAAGUUCACAAAAGAACGAACCUCACGCUGAAGGAAAAGGAUUUUGUUAUUUCAAAUUUAUUAAUUUCUGAGACUGCUAUUCUUGAACGUGCAAAGGAUCUACGUGGUGUCCUGGAAAGUGCAUCAGAAGAUAUAACUGUUCUUUUUGCUAAAAUGGAGCGACAAUCAAACAAAGAAGCAGGAAACAAGGAACUAAUUCUAAAAUUUGGGUCUCAACUUGAUUAUAGCCUAAAAUCACUACAGAAUACAGUGGUUGGAUCAGUUUGUGAUCAGCAUCAAUUAUUAAAAUCUAUGGAGGAACAAUUGAGCUCAUUCCUUGCAAAAAAGUGUGAGGCAACGAAAUGCUUCGAGCUGAAAAUCCAGGAGACUAAGGAAAUAUAUACUUCAGGAGUUCAGCGAAUGAAUGAGUUUGCUAAUUCACUGCAACGGAAAUCUUUUUCGGACUUAGAGGAGAUGAAGCUAAUGUUUUCUUCUCAUGCACUGGCACUUGGAAAUUUUCUAGUCACUGCAGUUUCAGAGGCUGAGCAAGUUCUGAAUGAUCUUCAGAGAUCUCUCUCUGAACAAAAAGAAUUACUUGCUUUCUCUGCACAACAACAGGAGAUGGUAUUGCAAAGGAGUCUUCUUUCAACACAAGCCAUAUCAAAGACAACAGUAGAUUUCUUCAAUGAUUUAAAGGCCCAUGCCUGUAAGCUUAUGAAAGAGACUGAGGAAAAUCAUAUGGAAAGAACACAUCAGCUAGCAGAUUUUGAGGAGACAUUUAAGGAACUGUCAGCUAAAGAAGAAAAGGCAGCCAUUGAAAAGAUUGCUGGAAUAUUAGCAAGCUUAACAGCCAUGAGAACAAAAAUGGUUUCAUCCGCCGUACAUAGACUGAGUGAAAGAUGUAGUCAAGAGGCGAAUAAAUUGCAAUUACACAUGUCUAGCAUGCAACAAGCUUCAGAUAGUGCUAAAAAGGAGUGGAUUUCCUUCGUAGAAAAAGGAGAAAGCCGGUACCAGGAAGAUAUAUCUUCAAGCGCUAGACUCCGAAAUAAUAUGGAAAAUGUCCUUCACCAAUGUUCGGAGAAAGUAGGGCAGUCAAUGUGUCAUUGGGCGCAUACUCAAUUAUCCAUCAACCAGCUUAAUAAGGAUUAUGGUGCAGAAAUCGAGUAUUCAAUUGACCGAACAAAUCAAGAUAAUGGAAAUGUUUUUGGAGAGUUAGUCUCUGAGUCUUCAAACACUGAUGUGGAGUUUGACAAGGCAAUUGGAGAUCUACUAGCUUCUUCAAAGAGUUCUCUUCUUCUGGAUCAUCAAACAACAGAGGGGAUAGAACCUUUAUCAAGCUUCUGCUUGGAUCAUUUAAAAUCAUUGCAGGAUAACCACAGUGGAAGCAUAGAGUCUAUUAGAAUCCUGGCGGAGAAGUGCUUUCUAGAAGAUUACUUGGUUGAUAGUCCAAUUAGGAGGCCUCUGAGAGAGCAAGAGAUCACUGUACCGAGCUUGAAAUCGAUAGAGGAGUUGAGGAAAUCUUUAACUGAUGUGGUUAGGGAGUUUAGAUCAGAAAAUGGAUUGAAGGGGGAAGUAGGAGGGAAGCAACAAAUGGAUGAUCAACUUACACAAACACCAAGAAUUCCAUUCAUGCCCAUCAAUUAAAGAGGCAAGUUCAUUCUCAAGAGGUACGCAUUUGGACUGCUUGUGACCUUAGUGUUGUACAGUAAGAAUUUCCUGUACUGAUCAUAUCAUGUUUUGAGGCUGAGUGCUAAUUUGUGAUAUUAGGACAUUAUUAAUGGAUGUGGCUAUAGUUAGCAUGGUCUU